UUGAAAGGGGCGGGCUGCCGUUCCCCGCAAGAAGAGCGUGCGAGCUUGGGGCGAAAGCGAGCAGCCGCAGCUGAAACUGAAGGGAAGCUCCUCCGGCGUGGCGCCGAAGAGGCCAGUCAGCCAGCCGUACGCGGGAAAGGCCCCUUUUGCUCGUGCAAAAAGAACCGGGCAGCCGCUGCCUGGCCGACGUUGUCGGAGGGGAAGGGUCGCCUCUCCUCAGCCCGCCGCAGCGCCUUGCACGGUUAGGCACGGAGGUUUAGCGCGGCGGCGGCGGCGGCGGCAGCGGCAGCAGCGGCAGCGACAAGCGGGCGGUCUCCGAAGAAGUCGCGCCAAGGCAGCUCCUGCGCGCUAUCCAACCUUCCCCCCCCCUCCACCAUCUCCGAGCCCAACAAUUAGCUUAUGAUUGUGCGUUUUUGCCCCGCCGCUACAGCUGGCGAACGGCUGGUGGUUCCUUGGCUGCAGCGGAGAACGGCGCAUCCUCGCGUGGAGAGGCAGCAGCGCAAGCGUCGGCUUUUGGCCGAAGAACAACCUGCCACCGCUGGCUGAAGCGACGGUCGAAAGAAGGAGCCUCUCGCUUUCUCCGCCUGCGCCUUGCUUCCCCCCCCCUCCCCACACCACCGCCGGCCCUGCCUGCUUCUGCCUUCGAGCCACCGGAGCCGGAUUUCGGGUUCCAUCAUUCCAAGGGCAAAAUAGCGGCGCCCGUCCCGGCAAGCGUCAGCGAUCUCACCCGCUUGGCUCCCUCCAAAGCAGAGAGAAGAGGGGAAGAUGCCCGGGCCGACCCGGUGACCCGAUUCGUUUCCAAUAAAUAACGCUUCCAAGUGCCGGCUCCGGGGUUGGUGGUGCUUCGCUAACCCUUCCCACUGCAGCAAUGUCGCCGCUGCCUUGAGCAGGAGGAAUUGAGGGAGGGGGACGGACGAGGGGCUUCGGAGAGGCGGCUGGCUCGCUCGCUCGCUCGCCAUUCCUCAGGCCGAUCCUUUAGGGCACCCUUCUCGAAACUGGAGGGGAACGGACAAUGAGCCAGUCGCUUGCCAGACGCCUGGGGCGCUGCCUCUGGGGCUGCCCUCUGCCACAGCUGCCCAGAUGACCAACGCAUAGGCGGGUUGCCACCAGGCCAAAUUAAAAAUGACGAUUCUGGAUGGUUUUGCUCCGCUUCCUUGGAGAGUAAAUCGCGAAGGAAUGGUGCUGCCUCUUUGAGUUCGUUUUGGACAGCCAGGUCCUUCGCGGGGAGGAGAUCCCGAAAGAGAGAGAGAGAGACAUGCCAAGAUGCUCCACAGUGAUGAUUUUACAAAGUUACGUUCUGGUUGUAGAGUGAUUGUGGCUUAAAGUGAGAGGGGGAAAAAAUUCAACACUCCUGGUGCCUUUUCCUCCUCUGUCUCCGUUUUCUAUGCAUGCCGGUGUGGUGGAUUUGAAUUCUUGAUGCGCCAGCGAACUGGCAAAACCCCGGGGACUUGGGCGGGAAAAUGACAGAAGGGGAAUCCUUGCCAGAAAGCCCACCUUUCCCUGGGAGGGGAGGGAAACUUGCUUCCCAGCCAGCUUUCUAUGUGGCUAUAUAAAUCCUGCAUGAGGAAACCUUGGACUCCUGGGAAGGGAAGGAGACCUGAGUGGCUUUCCAGCUGGCAACUAAGAGAGAUUUGAGUAUCCUUGGGGACACUGUUGGAUCUGGUUCUGGAUUUGAGGUUUGGUCUCCUGCCCUUGCUUCCACCCUCCUGGUCAUUGAUGGAGUGAUGCUGUUUGGAAGAGCCGGAGAGAUGCUGUUUGGUUCUGUGCCAUGAACCACCCAAUGUCUUCUGGUUGAUUUCCCUCCCACCCUCUCGUGCUUUCCUGGAAUUCCUGCCCUUCUUCUGCUGCCCCAGCAGGGCAUGUCCCGCUCCAACAGCGUAAGCCCUCCGGGGUUUGGAGUUCCUGCUGUGCCCAGGGGUGGAGGGGCAGAGCCACAUCGCUCUGCCUGGGGAGAAGCUGAAUCCAGAGCCAAUGGCUACUCCUACCCUCUUCCUACCAGGGCCUCAGUCAAGGAAUCUUCCAGAAUGGCGAGCAGGUGGAGGAAUGAGGAGGAGUAUGAUCUGCCAGGUAGCAGGAACCAUGGGGUAAGUGGCUGCAGGAUGAUGAGCUUCAGGUCCAAAUCUGCUUGGCAGGAUCGUAGUGGAGACAAGAGCCAGCACUCCUGUCGGGCAGGAGAUCCCUCCCUUGCCCCAAGUCCGAGACACUAUGGUAGUGAGCAGGGUGAGGUGCGCCCACGUUCUGUGGAGCUGGGACUCGAGGAGAAACGGAUCAAGGCCAAGAUCGACGAGUUGGAGGAGGAGGAGGAGCAGGGGGGUGAUGAAGGGGGGUCCGAGAUGAUCUUCUCAAUGGGCAGCUGUUGUGGAAGCCUGCUGCAGAUCUUCAGGUCUAAGAAGUUCCAGUCAGAGAAGUUGGAGCACCUCUACCAGCGGUAUUUUUUCCGUCUCAACCAGAGCAGCCUGACCAUGCUGAUGGCAGUGCUAGUCUUGGUGUGCCUGGUCAUGCUGCUCUUCCACACUGUUCAUGGCCACUACCAAGUGCCCUACGUGGUGGUGCUGUCCCUGGCCAUCCUGCUAAUGGUGUCCCUGGGAGCCGUAUGCAACCGUAAUGAUUUCCACCAGGACCACAUGUGGCUCAUGUGCUACUCUGUCAUCCUUGUGGUGUUAGCUGUGCAAGUGGUUGGCUGCUUGCUAAUGCAGCCCAGAAGUGCCUCAGAGGGCAUCUGGUGGACCAUCUUUUUUAUCUACAGCAUCUACACUUUGCUACCCAUCAGGAUGAGGGCAGCAGUCAUCAGUGGUGUGGUAUUGUCUGCCAUCCACCUGGCCAUUUCUCUCAAAAUCAAUGCAGAAGACAAAGUCUUAUUAAAACAGCUGAUGUCCAACAUCCUCAUCUUCAUCUGCACAAACAUUGUAGGGGUCUGUACGCACUAUCCAGCUGAAGUGUCCCAAAGACAGGCCUUUCAGGAAACAAGGGAAUGCAUUCAAGCUCGCCUACAUUCUCAGAGAGAAAACCAACAACAGGAGCGUCUCCUGCUUUCUGUACUGCCUCGCCAUGUUGCCAUGGAGAUGAAAGCUGACAUUAAUGCCAAAAAAGAAGAUAUGAUGUUUCAUAAAAUUUAUAUCCAGAAACAUGACAAUGUCAGCAUCCUCUUCGCAGACAUUGAGGGUUUUACCAGUCUCGCUUCCCAGUGUACUGCUCAGGAGUUGGUCAUGACGCUGAACGAACUCUUUGCCAGAUUUGAUAAGCUUGCUGCUGAGAAUCAUUGUUUACGUAUAAAAAUCUUAGGGGAUUGCUAUUACUGUGUAUCUGGAUUACCUGAAGCCAGAGCAGAUCAUGCACACUGCUGUGUUGAAAUGGGAAUGGAUAUGAUAGAAGCCAUUUCAUUAGUACGAGAAGUGACGGGCGUCAAUGUGAAUAUGCGAGUUGGAAUCCACAGCGGGAGAGUUCACUGCGGAGUCUUAGGCCUCAGGAAAUGGCAGUUUGAUGUGUGGUCAAAUGAUGUCACGUUAGCCAAUCAUAUGGAAGCUGGUGGCAAAGCAGGGCGAAUCCACAUAACAAAAGCUACGCUAAACUAUCUGAAUGGUGAUUAUGAAGUGGAGAUGGGCUUUGGAGGGGAACGCAAUGCUUACCUCAAGGAGCAUAGUAUAGAGACUUUCCUCAUCGUCCAAUGCAGCCAAAAACGGAAAGAUGAGAAAGCAACAAUAGCCAAAAUGAAUCGCCAACGUACUAAUUCCAUUGGUCACAACCCACCACACUGGGGAGUAGAUCGCUCUUUUUAUAAUCACUUAAGCACCAGUCAAGUUUCUAAAGAGAUGAAAAGAAUGGGUUUUGAAGAUCCAAAAGACAAGAAUAUCCAGGAAAGCAUGAAUCCAGAAGAUGAGGUAGAUGAGUUUCUGGGUCGUGCAAUUGAUGCAAGAAGUAUUGACCGGUUACGUUCAGAGCAUGUUCGCAAGUUUCUGUUAACAUUCAGGGAGCUUGAUUUGGAGAAAAAGUAUUCCAAACAGGUGGAUGAUCGAUUUGGUGCGUAUGUGGCUUGUGCUUCCCUAGUCUUCCUCUUCAUUUGCUUUGUUCAGAUCACAAUAGUGCCACACUCUGUGUUCAUGCUGGCGUUUUACCUAUCCUGUUUCGUGAUAUUGACCACACUAGUGUUUGUUUCAGUCAUUUACUCCUGUGUAAAGCUGUUUCCAGGUCCACUCCAGACUCUUUCACGGAAGAUUGUUCAGUCCAAGACCAAUAACACCCUAGUUGGGGUCUUCACUAUUGUAUUGGUUUUCCUGUCAGCCUUUGUCAAUAUGUUCACCUGUAGUACUGUGGACCUUCUCGACUGUAUAGCUGCAGAGCAUAAUCUCACUCCUCCUGAGGUGAAUUUGUGCCAUAUUAGGGAUUCCAAUUAUAGCCUGGAAACCACAGAAGGAUUUUGUGCUACAUCCCAGCCAAACUGUAACUUUCCAGAGUACUUUACCUACAGUGUUUUACUGACCCUCCUGGCCUGCUCCGUGUUCCUUCAGAUCAGCUGCAUCGGGAAACUCAUUUUGAUGUUGAUUAUUGAAUUUAUAUAUGUCCUCAUUGUGGAAGUGCCAGGCCUUACCCUCUUCGAUAACGCAGACCUUCUGGUUACAGCCAACGCCAUUAUGUUUUCCAAUGAGACCGAAAGUGGAAUAUGUCCUUCCAAUGUGUCCAGGGUUGCUUUGAAGAUUGUAACCCCUGUUGUCAUCACUGUUUUUGUCUUGGCGGUCUAUCUACAUGCACAGCAGGUGGAAUCCACAGCAAGGUUGGAUUUCCUUUGGAAGCUUCAGGCUACUGAAGAAAAGGAGGAGAUGGAGGAGCUGCAGGCCUACAAUCGAAGGCUUCUCCAUAAUAUCUUGCCAAAGGACGUAGCAGCCCAUUUUCUUGCACAGGAGCGGAGAAAUGAUGAACUGUAUUACCAGUCCUGUGAAUGUGUGGCUGUCAUGUUUGCUUCCAUCAGCAAUUUCUCAGAAUUCUAUGUGGAGUUAGAGGCCAACAAUGAAGGGGUGGAGUGCUUGAGGCUCCUCAAUGAAAUCAUUGCUGACUUUGAUGAGAUAAUAAGUGAAGAUCAGUUUCGACAGCUGGAAAAGAUCAAAACGAUAGGGAGCACAUAUAUGGCUGCUUCGGGUCUGAAUGAUACGACCUAUGACAAAGUGGGCAAAACGCAUAUCAAGGCCCUGGCGGACUUUGCAAUGAGGUUAAUGGAUCAAAUGAAAUACAUCAACGAGCAUUCGUUCAACAAUUUCCAGAUGAAAAUAGGGCUCAAUAUUGGCCCCGUAGUAGCAGGGGUCAUAGGUGCACGUAAGCCCCAGUAUGAUAUUUGGGGCAACACUGUGAAUGUAGCUAGUCGAAUGGACAGUACAGGAGUCCCUGAUAGGAUUCAGGUCACUACGGACAUGUAUCAGGUUUUAACGGUCAACAACUACCAACUAGAAUGCCGAGGGGUUGUAAAAGUCAAAGGUAAAGGAGAAAUGACCACUUACUUCUUAAAUGAAGGCCCACCAGCAAGUUAGCGACAGUGGGCAAGGAUGACUCCAUUGAUUCAAACACAAUAGCAAGUUGGAGAAAAUGUCACUGUCUCACAGUGAAUCUAAUCCAAGGCACGGUUGAGUAUUUCAUGUGAUGCCUUUUUAGUAGGAUUGUGUGCGAAGGGAAAAAAAAAGAAAAGAAACACAGCUUGGGCUGCCUAGCGCACACUUGAGAAGUCACCUAGCACUGCUGCAGACCUUUUUCCGAAGGUGAACGUUAAGUGAAUUGACCAAAGAUUUAUGCUUCGUGGAAUGCGAAGACGAAGAGAUGGAUUUGAGAUCUUCAUUUGUGGCUGCUACGCAGGACUUAAAACUAUUUAAGUAUUUAUUUGAAGUAAUACAAUGUUUUUACUAGGUGGAAGGAAAGUAUGAUUCAUUGAAACAAAAGGAAAACUAAAAUGAACAGCAUUAUUUUGGAAAGGCUGUGCACUCCCAUACUAUUUCUGGUUUGUGCUGUCAGCUCCUUGAAUGUGCCACUGUUCUUAUAUUAGCUGUUUGAGUGGGCUUUUAAAAUUAAAGAUGUUGCUCUCACUGUAACUCUUUACAAAGGGCCUUUUUUAUUAUGCCAUCGGUAAUGUUUUUAAAUGGAAAAAGUUGCCUUGUUAUGUACUCUUGCUAUCCCUACCCUUACACAAAUGUGAGGCUUCCUCAUUUUAGCAAGAGAGGUAUGUUUAAAGGAGGGAGAGUAAUUGUUUAAAGCGAGGAAAAAAGAAAUUUUCAUAUGGAUUUAUUAAAUGAAAAGACCUUCUAACUCCUAUUGGUGCAUUUUGGUUUACAGGCGAAAGACUUGGCUGUUAAAUCUUCCUGUUGGUCAGGGAGAUUUCUCUGAUAUGUGUGGGAUUAUUUUGGGAGGUUUUGUAUUUUGUAAUAUGAGAGACACUGACACUAACAAAUAUACCAAAAUUCUAUAUUUUGAGGAUUUUAUGUAUUAAAAUUUCAUCCCAAUUGUGCAACAGUGAUCAGCUUGUGUAUCUGCUGUAAUGCACAUAAUCGCUAUGUGAAAAGGUAACACGAGGGGAGACUCACAUGCAGCAGUCUUAAGCAACCACUGAACAUCUGGCACAGCUGCUUUUACCUUUUGGGUGGAGCAAUCUUGAUCCAUUCAUACACGCACCAUAGUUGAUUGCACUUGACGUACAGUACAUUCCCUUCUCUGUCAUAAUCUGCCUGGGAGGAGAGGGGAAAUGGGAGUCCAGGUUGGGCCCCUUUGGUCUGCCAGAGAGCUGGUCAUUGAGAGAUCUUUCCCCUGUUCUCUCUCUUAAUUCAGCUGGCAGGGGGAUGCCUCUUGCUGGGUGCGCACAAAAUUGAGUCUAAACUGGUGACUGUGCACAUAGCAUCUUGGGAGGUGUACAUAAGCUAUAAAAUUGUGGAUGUUCUUUUUGUUCUUUUCAGAGUUGCAGACUUGGCAGUUUUCGAUUUCUGUACAGUCCAGGAAGCAAGCAGAAGCUUAAAAGGGGCUCCAGGAUAAAAUAAAAAUAAAUAAAAAUUAAUGAAGGUUAUGAAUCUUUAGGCUAAAAAUAAUAAUAAUAGAAAAGCAAGAACUAGCCCAAAUAAAGUUAAAGAUAAAAUGUAUCCCUAAUUUUGAAAUAGCUUUUGAAAUAUAGGACAUUGGGAUAAAAACAAUUUCUAAUAGUCAAAGAACCGAAAGAAGAAAAAUUAAAAUAUUUAAAGGUUUGUUUAAUUAAUGUGUAUCGAAUUGCUUUGGAAUAUUGUUUUGAAAUGUUGCAGUCAUGAAGAGGUGGGGAAUUAAAUUCUAGUUUCAAUUCACUGUACAUGGCAUUUAGUUAAAAAGGGCUUGGGAAGAUUUGGGUUUUUUUUCUAUAACCAAACAAAAUUGACUGCGGACGCUGGGAUGGUCUAACAAUUUUUAAGAGGAGGAGCGACUGAUAUGCAUCUAUAAAUAGGUUCAUCAUGAAUUUUCAAUGCCCAUACAUUUUAUUAAAGCAUUAAAGUGUAGAAAGCAUAUAUUUUUAUAUUUCACUGUGGGAAAAGAAUUUAUAUUAAACCUGACUAUCUUCAAAAUGAUUAAUAACUUUUAACAGAUUUUCCCCCCACUUUUCAAGAUAGAUUUUUAGUAAUAUUAAUAAGCUGAAUGGCUAUGGCAUGAGAGAGGAAGCUCUGAUCUUUGACCAAGAAAUUAAAUAUUAUCCAUGUUCUUAAAUUUAUUAAAUUGCUUAACAUAAUUAUGUGGAGCUCUUUUAAACAAGAACCUAGUAAUAUCCGAUUUCUCUUAUGCGUGUAUGUUUCCCUUCCAGUAAGGCACAUCCUAGAACAUAGUACAGUCCGGUUUCUAGAAAACUGCCAAGUUUGUCCUUGUACUAUAUGUUUUUUUUAACCUUUAAACAAAAUCUGAUUUCCAAAGGUCUUUAUUUACAUGGUACUGCAGCUUCUUCAUUAUCUUCCACCCUUUCUUUCUGGCAUCAUUUACCACUUCCAAAAUUUAAUUAAUAGCACAAUAUAGGAUCAUUUUUAAGUUGGCCUCCUGCUUUGAAGUGUGCAUUAACAUUUGAGCAGACCGCCUUGCGCAAUUGUGUUGUCAAUGAAAUUUUCAGUCGCCUGUAUCUCUGACUGUGAUUGUUGACUGUGUCAUGAUCAUUUCAAGGGGUAUGCACUCUUUAUUCUGGCUCUUGCAAGAUGAAUACAGUUAGAAUUUCCCAUGGAAAUUGCAAUCUGUUUAAUUUAACAACUAUAUUAAACACUGUUUCACUUGUCGGUCUUUUCUGGUUUUUUUUUUUCAUGAUUAGCUCAAAAGAAACUAAGAAGUUUGUCACUGUGCAUUAAAACAUGACACAGUGUUUGUUUUGUUGACCUCCCAAAUAUUUUUUUCAGGGUGAUAUAUUGAACUAGACAAAUGGCUUCAGAAAUGCACGCUACCCAAGUAUGCUUUUGGAGCAGGAAAAUUGUGUAGGCAGAAGAUCCAUGCAAAAGAUUGCAACAAAAACAUUGCCAUACUCAUCAGGUGGAAACGGAAGCAAUGGUUAUUCGUCUCUGAGACAAAAGGAUUUUGAAGUGAAAGAGUAGCUGUUCUGUUUGAUUUCUGAAUCAAAGCCCAGUGAAACUGAACUUUAUAAGGCAGUGGUUCCCAACCUUUUCUUGUUUGAGGCACCCUUGGAAAGCCUUUCAAAAGUUCCCGGCACCCUUAUAAGGAAAUAGAUAUUUAAAAUCUCCGUAGCUCAAAAGUUCCCGGCACCCUCAAAAGAUCUCACGGCACCCCUUAGUGCCGCGGCACACUGGUUGGGAACCACUGUUAUAAGGACUUAAAGGUUUUUUUUAAGAAGACGGUAUAGCGGGAGGACAGGCCAAAACUAGUAGCCUUUCCUGUAUAUAAUAAAUGUAGUGCACUUUGCAUUAAAUGGCAUCUCUAGCUAAAACAAACUCUCAUUUGAGUAUACGUAGAAACAAAUCCCAUACAGGUAAUUCUUGACUUGCAGUUAUUGGUUUAGUGACCAUUCAAAGUUAAAAUGGCACUGAAAAAGUAACUUACAACCCAUCCUCACACUUAUGACUGUCAUAACAUCCCCACGGUCACAUGAUUAGAAUUCAGGUGCUUGGCAACUAUCGGGUAUUUCAUGAUAGUUGCAGCGCCCUGGAAUCAGGUGAUUGUCAUUUACAACUUUCUCAGUCAGCUACAGCAAAAAAAGUUGGGCAUAAUUUAUUUAACACCUGCUGUCAGGGUUCCAAGUAACACCCCCCACGAAUGAAAACUCUGAGGCUUGGGUUUCCUCAAAGUUAUACUUUAUUAGAGAUGUCAUAUUGGCACAUCUGGGAAAACCUGAAUCUGAAAGCUUCCAGGGAUUCCCCACCCAAAGGAAAGUUCAAGUCCCUGCCCAACACCCACAAGUCCAUCACAUAGUCCAAUUAAAACACCAUUCCGACUAGAGAUGCAUCCCAGUUCCAGCCUCCCAGGUGCAGGGCAAGAUGUCCUUGAACCUCUGAGAAAAGAAUGUUAUCAUGACUAUAAACUAUCCACGCUCCAUAAAAUUCCCCCCCUCCCAGUUUUCCACAGUAGUAAAUGUGGCAGGUCUGAAGGCCCAGUACAAAAGAUGGCUUCCAAGCCUGAGAGCUGCCUUGCUUAAUAAAAAUUCUGAUCCCAAUUGUGGUUGUAAUUCAAAGACUACCUGUAUAAGACUGUUCUUUGCUGACUCUUGUUGUGAAAUCUGCUGUUGUAUUGCAAGAGGGAAGGUCUCUUUCACAAGGAACUAAGAGACAAAUCAACAUUGAGUCCUCAGUAUGCAGUAAGAGACCCAGAAGGAAUCCUCCCUAAACUGUUACAGGAUUUAUCUGAUAGUUAUUCAGUGUGUGCUUUUGUCUGGCAAGAGUGCGACACAAUGAAUUACUCAGAGUAGUCUUUUUAUUGCUGUGUGCACAUAGACAGGAAAUUUGCCCAGACUAAAAAGCACACUCCACAUAACUAUCAGACAAAUCCUGUGAAGGUUUAGGGAGGAUCCCUUCUGUCUAUUAGCUCUUUAUGAAAGAGCCCUCCUCUCUUGCAAUUCAGUGCCAGAUACCGCCAUACUCUAGUCAUGUGAAAAAGUAAAAAAAAAAAAAAGUAACAUUCAUAUAAAUAUUCUACCUUCAUUCAGACUGUAUAAAAGCGAUGUAGUUGAAAGAAACUGAAAAAUUGACUUUGUAAUUAUUUGACUAAAAUAUGCCAUUCCUUUCUGUUGAAAAAAUACACCUUUAGCUCUACUAGUCAAUAUUGUCCCUGUUGGCAGAAACAUCUUCAAGAAGACCGCCAACACAGUUCUAGGCUGCAUAAACAGGGACAGAAUCAAGAUCAUGUGAAGUGUUAAUACCAUUUUAUAAUGCCUUGGUAAGGCCACACUUGGAAUAUUGCAUCCAGUUUUGAUCGCCACGAUGUAAAAAAGAUGUUGAGACUCUAGAAAGAAUGCAGAGAAGAGCAACAAAGAUGAUUAGGGGACUGGAGGCUAAAACAUAAGGUAUAAAGAAUGGUUGCUGGAACUGGAUAUGGAUAUGUGUAGUCUUAUGAAAAGAAGGAGUAGGGGUGACAUGAUACAAGUGAAACUCAAAAAAUUAGAAUAUCGUGCAAAAGUUCAUUUAUUUCAGUACUGCAACUUAAAAGGUGAAACUAAUAUAUGAGAUAGACUCAUUACAUGCAAAGCGAGAUAGUUCACGCCUUGAUUUGUCAUAAUUUUGAUGAUUAUGGCUGACAGCUCAUGAAAACCCCAAAUUCACAAUCUCAGAAAAUUAGAAUAUUGUGAAAAGGUUCAAUAUUUUAGGCUCAAAGUGUCCCACUCUAAUCAGCUAAUUAAGCCAUAACACCUGCAAAGGGUUCCUGAGCCUUUAAAUGGUCUCCUAGUCUGGUUCAGG